UUUUCUUUUUUUUUUGUACGACACAAUAGGAGAUUAUUGGGAUUGAAUUAAUGAGAAAUUAAGUGGUGCAAAGAAUAAUAAAAAAUUGUGUUUCAAUGUCGUAUUUUUGAUAAAAGUUUCUAGAUAGAUCAUCGCGUAAAAUAUAUUGUGAACGUGUGUUGAGAAAUUUUGAAUUUUUUCGAAAUUUUAUAUUUUCUCCAAUUUUGAGUUGGAAAUCUGUUUUUUAUUAAUUUUAAAAAUUGUUCGUUCUAAUUUGUGAAAUGUUACGUUGAAAUUGAAAUUGAAUAAAAUAAAAAGAAAUUGUCAUUGAUUGAUUUUAAAAUCUCCUUUAUUAGAUAGAAUUUAUUUUUAAUUUGUUUCAGCUAAAAAUUAAAAUACAUAUCGGUUUCUAGAGUUAACAUUUAUGCAACAAUAAUAUGGUAAUACCACGCCAGUGCUAUAGUAUUACAGUUCCAUUUUAUUAUAUGUUUCGAUACCUUUUAAUACCGCUACGUUAUACUUUCAUUAUUCUAACAAUAUUAAUUUACUCACAGAAGGUGAUAGUUAAAUUACUACAAACAUCGCGAGCAUAUUAAUUUACAUUCUACGAAAGAAAAAGAAAAAAGAUACGAAUAAUCAAUCAUUGUUCGUUGCAGCGUAUAACAAAUUUUACACUUUUUAAAGAAAAUUUCAUCACCACCGCAUUUCACUAAUGAAACUCCCUUAAAAUUCUCCAAAUUUUAACUAAAAACAUCUCUCGUCAAGUAAAUCUCAACGAUAAUCAAUAAUAAACGCCAAUAAUCCAACUACGAAUAAUAAGAUGAAAUAACGAAAUAAAAUAAUAAUAAUAAUAACAAUAAUAAUGAAAUGUACACCCACAACCCACUUACCAACAACAUCCAACCCUUCCACUCGACGUCUAAAGAAAUCACGCGACACCUAAUCCCAAAUCCAGUCCAAAAUCAUCGUAUAGCGAGCAGAGCGUCGGUAAAAAAUCGUGCUACGUGAUCCAACACAGCUUAUCGGGCUGCGGACCGAGGCGACGAACGGUUACGCGAUCGUCGGCCUUCGCCGACAUCGCCCUUGGUAUCCAUGGCCAGGCUGGCUAGAGAAAUGACAACGGGAUCGGGUGUCUUCCCGCGCGCCGGUGAGAGAGAGCCACGAAAAUGGAGAGCCCCCGUGGUGGCUCCAUUUUUCCUCGGCCUCACGUUCACACCCGCAGAGCCGCCCGUCUACUCGUUUUACAAACACGCUUACCUUGCCCCCAGGGAGAACGGAAACGCGGGUGUCCCGUCCAAGCCGGCCCGCCGUCGCGAAAAAUCCGCCCUGGAUCCAUCUACCACGUUACGUGAUCUUACGUCUUGUUACCACCACGGCCCGCGUGCAGAGAUCUACGGCUAUAAAAGCUGUUCUAGGACGACGCGUCUCAUAGUCUCCGAGCGCGUCCUCGCAACGAUCCUCCGAGCGAGAUCACGAUCGACACUGUCGCCGAUCCCUCCUCAGAAAAUCGGGCAGGAAGCCUCAGAGCAGCGCAAGCAACGUCUCGAACGAUCGUCGUCAUGGGGCCGGUUGCCGGUUUACUGUUGGCAUGCCUCGUCUCCGCGGCACUUGCCAAGCCGGGGAUCUUGUCCGGGCCCCUGAUCGCCACUUUAACCCCAGCGGCGCCCGUUGGGCCCGACGGCCGAGUGCUGGACACGCCGGAGGUGGCCGUCGCCAAGGCGGAACACGCGGCCGCUCAUCUCAACGAGAGAUUGAAGCUGGCCGACGAGGCUGCCAGGUCGGGUGGAGUCCCAUCGUCAUCUCAGGCGACGGUCACGCUCAAACAGCCCUCCCUCUUGGUGGCUGCGCCAGCCAGCGUUUUGGUGCCAGGGGCGCCUCUCGGUCCUGACGGAAGGGUGGUCGACACGCCCGAGGUAGCCGUGGCAAAGGCGGCUCACGCCGCGGCUCAGGCCAACGAGAGGCUCAGUUUGGCCAACGAGGCAGCUAGGUCCGUCGCUGCGGAUCUCAACAGGAUCGUUUUCAGACCUCUGGUACCUCUGGUCACCAACGGAAUAGUGGCUCCGGCAGUGAUCCAGGCAGCAACGGUAGGCCCCGAUGGAAGAGUGCAGGACACCCCGGAAGUGGCGGCGGCGAAGGCGGCUCACGCGGCUGCCCAGUUCAACGAGAGGAUCAACCUGGCCAACGAGGCGGCCAGAUCAUCGGGGACGAUAGUGACAGCUGCCCCGGCGGUGGCGGUACCCCUCGUGACCAGCAACGCUGUUGUGGUGCCAGCUGCGCCCAUCGGCCCUGACGGCAGGGUGCAAGACACCCAGGAAGUGGCUGUGGCGAAAGCAGCCCACGCGAACGCUCAUCUGAACGAGAAACUGAACCUGGCCAACGAGGCAGCCAAAUCUGCCGACGUCCUUGCUGUUGCUGGCCCCGCGCUCGCCUAUGGACGCCUCGUCUAUUAAUUAACUGAUAUCGUUUCUGACACGUUCACCGCUUGCGUCUUUCUAUUCGAGUCGGCACGUACUUUUACUCACACGGAGAAAAUCGUGAAAUUCUGUCGAGAAAAGGCUUUCAUAAUAAUCCAUAUUAAGUAGUAAUUCAUAUAUAUAUAUAUGUGUGUAAAGUUUUCGCGACGUAGAAAUAGCUUUUGUAUGAAAAUUAUUCGUGUUAGAAGAUAUGUAGGUACCGAGGAUUUGAUCAUCGCAGUGAACGUGUUAAUUAAAAAUAAACGAAGGAUCGUUCGUGAUUAAUUAGUCGAUACUUAUUAGUUGCUCGUAGCGAGGGGAACAUGGGCCAUGGACGGGGAACGAUUUUCGGUGUUCUCUCGAAGAAGGUAUAUCUUUUUUUUUUUCUUCCAAUGAUUCGAUUGGCCAGCUUCUGUUUUAUCGUUUAAUUAUUAGAUUCGAGAGCAAAAAAAAAAAAAGAAAAAAAAAGGAAAAAAAUAUGGGCUAUGAAAAAUGAAGCAAAUUAAUCGUCUUGAUCGUUGCUUUCUAUCCUUUUUGUGAUCCUUUUAAUUUUGAUAUUUUUUCGAAAGGAUGAUGAAAUUGUUGAAACUGCCAUGUAGAAGUGAACGAUGAUUGUAGACUGGUUUAAAUAAAAUGAAUUUUGAAGAAA